AUGAACGCCCACCUCUACAUCGGCCGUCUUGCCGCCGCCCGCCACUGUGCCUCCCGCCUGGCAAUUCGACAAUUCUCAACCUCGAGACCAGUGUGCGCCGCCUACCAAUCCUACGCCCUGCCGUCGCGCUCACCGACCGAUGCGCGCGGCGGCGGCGAAGACCUCACCGAGACGUCGAUUGCCUAUCCCGAGCCUCUGCCCAAGGUCCACGAGACACGCCCGCCGCAGUCAUCGCCUGCGUCGCCCGCACCCGCCUCCACCACGGCACCACCAUCACAACCACCAGCACACGCUGCUGCCUCGCCCGCGCCAUCGCUGACGCAGCAGCCCGCCGCCGUCGCCGACAAGGAGCCGCAAAAGACCAAGCCCACGCGGCCGCGGUCGAAGCUCCGGGCGCGCAAGGCCGCCAUGAAGCUGACGCCCGCCGCCGUCGAGCAGCUGCGCAACAUGCUGGACCAGCCCGAGCCCAAGCUCAUCAAGGUCGGCGUGCGCAAUCGCGGCUGCAGCGGGCUGGCGUACCAUCUGGAGUACGUCGACAAGCCGGGCGCCUUUGACGAGACGGUCGAGCAGGACGGCGUCCGGGUCCUCAUCGACAGCAAGGCGCUGUUUAGCAUCAUCGGCAGCGAGAUGGACUGGGCAGAAGACAAGCUGAGCCAGCGAUUUGUUUUUAGAAACCCAAACAUCAAGGAAGAAUGCGGCUGUGGCGAGUCUUUCAUGGUAUAG